ACCGCAAGUACGUCAAGUGGGCAGAUGAUCUGGGAGACGUAUCAAUGUUCCCUUCGAUGAAGGAAAACGUAGACGCAAGGAAAGUAAAGCCGAGUAAAGGGAAGGAACCGGUUAGGAGCCAGAGCAUCAAGAUAACUUUCAAAGGAGAUAUGGCAACUACACCCAUAAGGGUGGCAGCUACCAAGUCGGUGAGAGGCUCUACAUCGAAGAAGACUGACACGGAUUAUGUGGUGGCAGAAAAGGAUGGACAGCGGAUCAAUGUGGAGGAGGUUAUUCUUUCACCGCGAAAGCGGGGAGUGAAGAAGUUCUUGAUGAAGAGUUCGUUGAAUGAUAUUGACACGGUCGAGUCCCUGAGACAGGCCCUUCGGCAACCCAUGCAGUGCUCUAUUCUGGAAUAUCUGGCAGCAUCCAAGUCGGCUCGUGAUGAGUUACAGAUGAUCACGCAAAAGACUCGCAUACCUCUAUUGGAGGAGGUUCAUGUGGCCCCUAAGGCGGAUGCUCCUACUGUAGCAGUAUCAGAGGUGUCAGGUAGAGCAGAUCGCAUGGCGACAGUUCUUCUUGGUGGGAUAGAAGGCGUGCCUCCAGACAAGUUUUACAUACUUGGAAGUGGGACCAUGGAGGCGAUCCUAAACGACGGAGCGGUUCUAGAUGCUGUGAUCGAUAACGGCAGUGAGGCUGUCAUUAUAGACGAGGAUCUGGCAGAGCAAGUUGGACUAGGACUCGAUAGUUCAUACUUGUUCGAGAUAGAGACGGCUGAUGGGAGAAAGCAACAGAUCACAGGAGUCUGUCACAAAGCAGCCGUAGAGGUUCAAGGGGUACGCGUGACCCUGCCAGUCUUUGAAGUCAAGAACUGCAGCUCUGACUUGCUCUUGGGACGGACGUGGUUGAGCUAUGUGCAUGGGGUGACGAUAGAGCGACCGGGCGGGAGCCAGACAUUGUCUAUUAAGAAGCUAGAUGGGACGCGGGUUAUGAUUGAGACAGUGGAGCCUCGAGACCCGAGGAACAGAGCAGCUCUCGCAGAAAGGUGUGAGACCUAGUGAUCGGAUUAAGUCAUUACCUGUCUCCAGCCGCACGGUGCGGUUUCGCGAGAAGAAGUAUGGACCUC